AUGCAGGGAGCAAAUCAGAAUGAAGAGGAAGACCCCAUAAGGUCUCUCGGGCACAAUGCCCUUGUCGAAUUGCUUAACAAUAAUAACACCGAUAGAGGGAGCGAAACUGGGGAGGAUAUACGGAAGGGAGAGAAGGGGCCUCAAGCGACGCACUCCAUCGAAGGAGACACUUCAAGAAGGAAAAAGAAAUCAUCAAAGGGGAAAAAAAGGGCCUACGGGAGGGGGGAAAGAAAGAAACAAAGGGAAUUGCCGACCAGCAAAACCACUAAACACUCAUCAGAUAGGGACCCUAAGGAAGAGGACACAAAAAUGUUAAAGCACCCCCUUCCCACUCUACACACCUCCGCAAAGACACACCGAGAAAGGAAUAGAAAUUACCUCCGCAUGAUGAACAAGUAUAAUGUGUUUUUUGGAAACGGGAAGAAACCCCAUUUUAUAAUGCCCCAAAGUGAUCAUAUGAUCGUGAGAAAGAACAUCCCUGUGGGUGGGUUCAAUCGGCGUAGUAGCAGCACGAUCAAAAGGGACAUCUAUGCUGAGGACACUGAUGAAGUCGAUGAGAAUUGCCAUUGUGAUGGUGAAAAAAAUGACAAGUUUUUUUUUUUAAAGAAGAGUAAUGUACCUGGAGAAAUCAUGGAUGGGGUUGUGGCCCCCAUGUUGACGGGAUUUUCCCCCGAGAGUAAAAUGGAAAGGGAUGGAGAUGCCACUCCACACAGUGGGGGUGGAAAUGGACAUAGCGCAGAGGGAGGAAAGAAGACCAGUUUGAGUGCCCACCGGAGUAGCAGCCCUGGUGAAACCCCCACGGAAAAUCCAAGUGAAAAGCUAAGUGAAAACCUAAGUGAAAAUCCCAGUGCAAAACGCAGUGACGCCUCGGGUGACACAGAAGCAGAGAUGAAAGUGGAAAACAGCCUUGCCGUCAUGUCAUAUGAUGUAAAGGGAAAUUCCAGAACAGGUAUAACUCACUUAGGGGAAAAUUCUCAGAUAAAUGACUCCCAUAAGGAGGUUGGGAAGGCUAAGCUAAGUAAAAAAAGGAGGAGCAAAAAGGAUAGUGAUACUGAAACGAAGAAACUUCACAAGGCAUGGUGUGACAUAGAAACGACUGACUCGAUCGGAAAGGAAGACACUCUCACUUCUCUGCAUAGCAGUAGUGUAAAAAAUGAAAGUAAUAAGAAGAGUGUUGUGAUCAUCCAUCCAGAUGAUCGCAUAGGUGAAGUGGAAAAGGUAAAUCCCGUCAGAACUUCUGCUAUGGUAGGUAAUAAGGAUUUCCAAUCUGACGUUGCGAAGGCUGUCAAAAUAGAGAAAAAGGACUCCCCCGAUGUGCAAACGGUGCUGCGAAAUAAUGAGGGAGACAAGGAGAGUCCCGAUCUGCAUAACCGACCUCCCACUGACAGUAUCAGUCAAGUGGACCCGUUCAACUACGAGGAUUUCGUUUUUCUCGAUUUUGAGCCGAUAGAGGAGGAUUACGUGGAAAUUAAGAAAACACUCCAGAGGUACAGAAAAAGACAGGAAUUAAGGGAGAACCAGGGUGAAGAAGUGCAAGACUCAAAUGGGGAAGACAAUUUGGAAAAAGAAAGUGUGAAGGAAAAAUUAAAAGAUAAAAAAGAAAAACAGAGUUUUCAUCAAAAUGACGAGAAUGUUCAUAUUAAAAAAAAUUUUAAUCACUUGAAAGAGAGGAUACGUCGGGGAAAAAUACAAAUAAUCAGUUACGACUUUGUACGCAAUUUGUGUUACAUCUUAGUGAGGGGGAAUUCUUCAUCGUAG